AUGGGGUCGACGGCCAAACACCUGAAGGCGCAAGCCGUAUUUCCCAUUGCCGAUCCUCCGUUUAUGCAGUUUGCCAGCAGGAGGAGUGUGGUCCACAGCACCAAGGGAAUGGUGGCCUGCACGCAACCUCUGGCUGCGGAGGCGGGCCAGAGGAUCUUGAAGCAGGGAGGGAAUGCAGCAGAUGCUGCGGUAGCCGUCGCCGCCGCCCUGAAUAUGACCGAGCCAUCCUCGACGGGAAUUGGAGGAGACAUGUUCUGUUUAUAUUUUGAUGCCAACACCAAAAAAGUGCAUGCCUUGAAUGGCUCAGGGAGAAGUCCAAAGAAUACCACAGUCGAGCAGAUCAGAGGAGAACUUGGGCUGUCCGGUUCCAAACGAGGCAAAAUACCCACCCACAGUGCGCUCGCUGUCACCGUACCAGGUGCUCCGGCUGGCUGGGUAGAUGUGGUGGAGAAAUAUGGUAGUGGCAAGUUGAGCCUCGAACAGAUCUUGACCCCCGCCAUUGAACUCGGGGAGGAAGGCUUCCCCGUCAGCGAGCUCUCGGCAAAGUUUUGGCAAGUUGGUGAAGAGUCCUUGAAGCGGGCCUCACCAAACUUCCGGGAGAUGCUAAAGCGGGACAAGAAUGCAUCGCAGUUUGUGCGUGCCCCCCGUGCUGGCGAGAUCCUUCGCAACCCGGCCUUAGCAAAGACAUUCAGGACCCUGGCCGCAGAAGGCAAGAAAGGAUUCUACACCGGCCGAAUCGCCCAAGCGAUUGUGGAUGUCCUGAAGUUAACAGGUGGACACAUGGAGCUCUCUGACCUGGAAGACCAUAUGAAUCGAGGCCCACAUGAGACCGAACCGAUCUCAUUGAAGUUCUGUGGCCAGAACAUCAGCAACGCGGCACCACAAAGGGUGGCCAAUGGUGCGUCGGACCAACACUUCGUCGAGCUAUGGGAACAUCCACCCAACGGGCAAGGCAUUGUCGCGCUGAUGGCUCUGGGAAUCCUCGAAGAGCUCGAACGGACGAGAAAGAUCCCCACGUUCGCCCUGGAAGAUCACAACAGCGCGCCGUACUUGCAUGCAGUGAUUGAGGCUCUACGCAUUGCUUUCUCUGAUGCGAGUUGGUGGGUGACGGACCCGGACCACAGCCCGGUCAAACCGGACGAGCUCAUUUCCCGAGCGUACCUGGCCGAGCGGGCCAAGCUGUUCGACAAAGAUCAGGCCAAAAACCAUGCCAAAGGGCAGCCUGGACCAAGUCCGGCCCAGAACCACAGCGACACAGUGUACUUUGCCGUCACUGACAAGGAUGGCAACGGCAUGAGUUUCAUCAACUCCAACUAUGAAGGAUUUGGGUCCUGCAUUAUUCCACAAGGCUGUGGGUUCACCCUGCAGAACCGUGGCUCAAACUUCGAAUUGGGCCCCGAGGACCAUCCCAAUAUCUACCGAGGCGGGAAGAGACCUUACCAUACCAUCAUUCCGGGGAUGAUUACCUGCGGUGAGGAGUCGGAACGCGUUCUACACUCGGUCUACGGGGUCAUGGGCGGUUUCAUGCAGCCGCAAGGGCAUGUACAGGUUCUGCUCAACAUGGAGGUGUUUGGGAUGAAUCCUCAGCAGGCGCUGGAUGCUCCGCGAAUAUGCAUUGGCGCCGGCAUGCCCGAGGAGGGGGAUACGCAGAUGGGCACGGUGUUUAUCGAAGAAGGAAUCGACGAAACCGUGGUCAAGGUGUUGAAGCAGAUGGGCCAUGAUGUACAGGUCAUGAAGGGUUGGGAGAGAGGCCGAUUCGGGCGAGGCCAGAUAAUCAGGAGACAUGUGGAUGAGGAGACUGGACAGGCGGUGUUCAGUGGAGGAACCGACCUGAGAGGCGAUGGGUGUGCUAUGCCUGCAUAG